UAGCGUGCGAGACAUCCGCGCGAGUGAAUUAAUGAGCGUGGAUAAGCGACAAGAAGAUAAGUGCGACGAGCGUGAAAUAAAAGAAGAACAUGAUUCCUCAAAGAAAGUGGGGGAAGUCCCCACUAUUUGUACCCGGAAAAGACAACAUGCGGAGGAUACGAGCUAAGAGAGAUAGUGUCGAACAACCGUCGUUGUCGUGCGACGGUCGAGAGUUCGUUUCGCACCUUUGAAAAAGGAACCGGAACCGGUUUUUCGCAGAGAACGUAACGCUGGUUCAAAAGACAAGGAAAUGAUGCGCCUUUUACAAGGAAUCGCGCGCUGGAUGUCAUCCUUGAUUCUGUUUCUUUCAACAACACACGCAGUGUCAGCGAAGCAACCGCAUAUCGUUUUUAUUUUGGCAGACGAUUUGGGAUGGAAUGAUGUCGGAUUUCAUGGUUCCGGUCAGAUACCGACGCCGAAUAUAGAUGCUUUGGCGUAUUCUGGACUGCUUCUCGAUAGGUAUUAUGUCACUCCAAUCUGUACACCGUCCAGAAGCGCUCUGAUGACCGGCAAAUAUCCCAUUCACACUGGAAUGCAGCACGGCGUUCUUAAAGGUGCCGAACCCAGAGGUUUGCCACUUCACGAGAAGAUCUUGCCGGAAUAUCUGCGAGAUCUUGGCUACAGCACGCACAUCGUCGGCAAAUGGCACUUGGGAUUUUACAAAAAGGAGUACACUCCGACUUAUCGGGGAUUCGAUACCCACACUGGCUUCUGGACUGGACAUCACGAUUAUUUCGAUCACACAGCUGUGGAAAAUCCUUAUUGGGGUUUGGACAUGAGACGAGACAUGGAACCGGCGUGGGAUCUUCACGGCGAAUAUUCCACUGAUGUUUUUACGAAAGAAGCAAUGAGACUGAUCUAUAAGCAUAAUUCUAGUCGACCGAUGUUCUUAUAUUUGGCUCACGCGGCCGUGCAUUCUGGAAAUCCGUACAAUCCGCUACCGGCACCGGACGAAGAAAUCGCCAAGUUCAACAAUAUAUUUGAUUACAAUCGGAGACGUUUUGCGGGUAUGCUGAGUAAACUGGAUCAAUCAGUGGGCCAAGUUGUAGAAGCUCUGCAGAAAAAAAACAUGUUACGAGAUAGCGUAAUUAUAUUUUCGUCCGACAAUGGUGGACCUGCCGCUGGAUUUAAUCUGAACGCAGCAUCUAAUUGGCCGCUGAGAGGUGUCAAAAACACUCUUUGGGAAGGUGGCGUUAGAGGUGCGGGAUUACUGUGGUCGCCUCGGCUAGUGCGUCCUGGUCGAGUUAGCAGGCAGAUGAUACACAUUACCGAUUGGCUACCGACUCUCAUUACAGCCGCCGGUGGAGAUCCAUCGAACUUAACUAUCGACGGCAUGGACAUGUGGAAUGCGCUUAGCAAUAAUACCGAAUCGCCGCGUACAAGCGUUCUGCAUAAUAUCGACGACAUUUACGGUGUGUCCGCUAUUACGGUUGGCGACUGGAAAUAUAUUCAAGGAUCCACUUACAACGGGGCAUGGGACAAAUGGUACGGACCAUCGGGUAGGGAAUGGAUCUAUGAUGUAGGUGGUGUAAUCGCCAGCAUGGCGGGACGUGCGAUCGCUAGUGUGGGAUUGACGGUAACUGCGGAAGUUGCCCGAAUGCUGCGCGAAAAUGCGAUGAUCAAGUGCCCGCCGAGAAACGACAGUCUGCCAAUCUGCAAACCGCUAGAGCAGCCGUGUCUUUUUAAUGUCUAUCAAGAUCCUUGCGAGGAUAACAAUCUCGUUCAGCAAUUUCCCACAAUCGUCAGAAAGCUGCAGGAUGAACUAAAAAAACUGAACAGCAGUGCAAUCCUGCCUGGAAAUCUCUCGUGGGACAAAAAGGCGGAUCCAAAACUGUGGGAUCACACAUGGAACAAUUUUGGUGAUUAUAAUGAUCUUACGGUAAGUGCUGCAGCUUGAUUAGUUAGAUGUCGGCGAGUUUUUAUUUCUCUCUUCUUCUCUUUUGCAUUCUCUGUCGUAUAUAAAUGCAAUAAUAUGUAUAGUGCCUUUUAUAAGUUGUUAAUAAAAUAUAAGUAAGAUAUAUAUAGUAUAUGUAAUAUAUAUACA